AUGUCAAUUGAAGGAUUGCUGGGAACAGUUUCUCGCAGUAUUUGGAGAUAUGAUCAGGAUUAUUCCGAUCGACUUCACACUACUGUCACAUCAAAUAUACUCGUAGCAAUGGCUGGAUUGACGGGUUGGAAGACAUGGGCUGGAUCGUCGCCAAUCGAAUGUGCCAUUCCUGCAAUGUUCUCUGAAAGUGUUUCAGCGGUCAUCAUCAUGGUGAUGAUCGAAACAUUCCUCGGAAUGGCGAAAUAUCUUUCGCCGCGAGAGGACGACGAUUGGUCAGAUCGAUUGAAUUAUUUAAUAACUCCAAAUUUAUUACUUGCAUUUUCUGUACUAAUUUCAUUCAAACAGUUCGGAGGAAGACCAAUCGAAUGCAUGUUUCCCAAUAAAUUUCCUGGAAGUUGGGAGCAGUACGCUGAAAACUACUGCUGGUCACAAGACACCUACUUUGUUGAACCGACUCAAGACGUUUCUCUUUUGAAAACAGAAGAAAGAUACACACCAGAUCGUCAACUCUCAUACUAUCAAUGGGUUCCAUUCUUCCUUCUCCUUCAAGCUGCCUUUUUCCGAGCUCCUAGUUAUCUCUGGAAGUAUUUCUCUAAUCAUUCAGGUAUUCGAAUUCAUGAAGUUGUUGAAAAAGCAAAAGACAACGCAAAUGUAGAGGAAGAAGUCCGAGAAAAGAACAUUGGAAUUCUGAAAAGACAUUUGUCAAGUGCCCUUCGAUUCCAGGCGAAUAUGGAAUCCAAACGUGUUCAAGUACACAAAACUGUGACUUUUCUCAAUUUUCAAUACUCAUCUGGCUUCAUCUCUUGGAUUUAUCUCUUCACUAAGUCGUUGUACUUUAUCAAUGUUUUCGCUCAACUUUAUCUUAUGAAUUACUUCCUGGGGACCAACAGAUAUCAGUGGUACGGUUUCGGUGUAGUCAAGGACAUUGUGAGUGGAACACCGUGGGAAAGAAGUGGAUACUUCCCGAGAGCUGCAGUUUGUGACUUCGAAGUUCGCCAAGUUGCCAAUAUCCAAAGAUAUUCAGUACAAUGUGUUCUUGUCAUCAACAUUUUCAACGAGAAAAUUUUCGUUUUGCUUUGGUUUUGGUACUUGAUUCUUCUGUUUGCAUCGACGGUCUCUUUUGUUCAAUGGUUUGUGGUUCUCGUGUUUCCUUGCUUCUCAAAAUGGUUCAUCAAGCAGCAUUUGGCCCUCAGUACACUCCAGAAUUUCAACCAAAGGAAUAGUCGACGAGAAGAUGCAGAUGUUUCCAAAUUUGUUACUCAGUAUCUACACAAAGACGGCGUUUUUGUACUUCGGAUGGUCUCCUCGCAUGCGGGAAUAAUUUUUGCUACUGAUCUUGUGCAAGCUCUUUACGAGGCUUAUGAUUUCCAAGACAAGAAUAAAGGCAUUCAAGGAAGUCCGGUGAGCGAUGAUCUUCAAACAAUUAGUACUGGUGCGGGUUCUUCCAUUCGACAACGGAAGAAUAAAAAAGGAAGCCGAAUUGAAUAUAAACCUGGAACUCCAUUCACUACUACCUUGAUGCCAGAAAAAGACGAUAUCGAGUCAAGUUCAACGUCAUCUGAAGAGGAUCAAAAACGUGUUAGCAAUGGAAUUACUAACAUUUAA